UUCCAAUCAACUUCCGGUAUAAUUAUUGGUUGACUGGUUGACUUGUGUCGCAGAUUCGACACGAAAGUAUGCAAUCAUAAACCAAAAUGUGUGCGUAAACUAUUGAAGUUGUGACUUUAUUUAGCUAUACAGGGAUGCAUUUUUCUUUGGAAUAUCAAAUAUAAUUUGCCUCUUCAUAUACGUGGACCAGUAUGGAUGGACAACAAAGUGCUGGUUCUGUGUACAUGUGUCGUCUGUGCAACCUCUUCUCUUCAAGUCGUUCUCAGCUGCUGGUCCAUUGUUCCAAGCUUCACUCUCAGCAGGAGUCUCCAGAUGACAUUAUCAUUGCACUUCAACCUCUGGUAGCAGGUCCGGUGAAGCGAAAGCGGGGACGACCAAAAGGCUCCACGAAAAAGAAGCACACUGAUUUAACAAAAGGCACAACAGACUCCAAACAUUGUGCUGAACAUAAUUUGAAAGAAAAAACUACCAAUACUACAAAUCAGGAGGAAGAACAGCCACACCACUUCAAUAAAGGUGAAAGUCAGGCUGGGAUCCUGUCUCUGGAAUGCCCAAACUGUCACCGCUCAUUCAGCAACAAACGACAGAUCUCGAAACAUAUCUGCAUGAAAAAUGAGGAUGAAGAGGUGGAGAAACCAAGCAAGGAUACGAGCAGCAUAAGAACCAAGAAAAACAACCAAAAUUGUGUUUCUGCGGGUGAAAGCCUCAGAAAUGGGCCAACAAAUUCUGUCAUCAGUGUUGUCCUGACUGAAGAUGAGAUGCUUCCAGAUGUUUCUAAAAUGGUUCCAUUAGAGCGUCCCUCAGCAGAAAAAGAGCCCACAACCGCCAAAACUCCUCACCAGGACCACAACAGAGAGACUACUGUCUGUAAAACUGGAACAGACCAGGAGAUACAGAUAAGUGAUCACCUGACUUCUACUUUGUCAACCAGCAAAGGCUUUCAGGAAUAUUCCUUAAAGCAAGAAGCUUCCAGUUUACCUCAGAGCGUGUUAAAGAUCUUUGCGUGUCAGUUCUGCAAUAAGAUCUUCAAGUUCCGACAUUCGCUGGUCGCCCACCUGAGGACGCACACUCAGGAAAAACCCUUCAAGUGUCCACACUGUGACUAUGCAUCCGCCAUCAAAGCGAACCUGAACGUUCACCUGAGGAAGCACACAGGAGAGAGGUUCACCUGCCCGCACUGCUCCUUCAGCUGCCUCAGCCCAGGACACCUUAAGGUCCACAUAGAGCGAGUCCACCUGAAAAUGAAGCAGCAUUGCAGCUUCUGUGACAAGAAAUACUCCGACGUGAAGAACUUGCUGAAACACAUGGAGAAGCAUCACAACCUGAAAGACACAGCUGUGAAUCAGAACUACCAACAGCUGAGGUCAAAAACUCGUCAGGGUCUCAGGCAGCUCCUGUACCGAUGUCCCACCUGCAACCGACGCUUCAAAAACCAGCUGGAGCGAGAGCGCCACCUGCUGAUCCAUGGACCCCAGUGCCCCUUUGCCUGCUUACUCUGUAACCAUACUCUAACCAAGUUUGCCGCUCUAGCAGCUCAUGUCAGGAAGCACCUCUUCAUCUAUGUGUGCUGCGUGUGCAAGGAGAAUCUGGUCAGCUCUCACAGACUGAAGGAUCACCUGGAAAAGUCUCAUUCUGAGCUGGACAAAGAGCAAGCUUUUAUCAACUCCAUCAACAUGAGCUACUACCUGGUUCCACCUGACGGAGGUGAAGGGAGUGAGGAGGGCAAAGACUUGAGUGGGGAGACGGUAAAGGAGCACAGUGUGGUUCAACACGAUGGAAAACAUCCUGCAGAAGAGCAGGAGUGGGAAGCUGGGGAGAAAAAUCAGCUCACUCACGAGACAAAUGAGGAACAAACUAACACUUUAGAAAGAAACACAGAAGAUGCACAGGUAAAGGAAAAUGAGAAGAAAAAAGAAGAAGAGGGAAAAGAACUAUGCGCUCAAGCAUUAACAGCAGAGAAGAUCCACAACUCAACACGUACCUCUGCAGCUGACAAACCUGAAGAAAACUGUCCACACGUGGAGGACAAAACUCAUGAAAACAGUCAUGAGUCUGCAGUGAACACGCGUGCACAUGAAAACACGCACACAUCUGCGUCACCUGGAGAUUCAAACUCCUGCUUGAAUCUGGACUCAAACCUUUCCGAUCCACAGGUUUUGGAGGAUUUCCCUCGGAGCGCAUUCAAGGAGGUGUUUUCAACCCUUUCAAAGACAAAGCUCGAUAUGGAAACGUUCCAGAAGCUUCGAAAGGUUUACGGCAACUUGGAAUGUCAAUACUGCGGUAAACUCUUUUGGUACAAAGUUAACCUGAACGUCCAUGUGCGCACACACACCAAGGAGCAUCUGCAUUACUGUUCAGAGUGCAGCUACUCCUCCAUCACUAAAAGCUCUUUGAAGCGUCACCAGAUCCAGAAGCACGGUGACCUGCAGCUGCCGUGCCCCAGUCCUGGCUGUAAAUAUACGACACUUGACAAAUACAAACUUCAAGCUCAUUUGAGGGCGCUUCACGAACAGGUGAGCAGAGCAACAUGUCCUGUCUGUAAUCACAGUUAUCCGGAGCACAGACUAAAACACCACAUGAAAUCCUCCCACCCUGACAAAGUUCCUGUUCGCGGCUCAAUGGUGCAGCGAGCCGUGAAGUGCCCUUACUGUGACUCCUACUUCUUAAGGAACAGCAGUGAUUUUCAGCAGCACAUCUGGGCCCACCAAGGUUUGAAGCCGUACGCCUGCGGCAUGUGUGACUACUCGAGCCGCAGCCGCAGCAACCUGAAGACCCACAUGAACCGCCACAAUGUGGAGAGGCAUCACCUCUGCGAUCUGUGUGGGAAGAAGUUCAAAACUAAAAUCACUUUGAAAGGUCACAGACUGAGCCACACAGAUGAAGGAAAGCAGUUUAAAUGUUUGGAGUGCGACUUCACCUCCAUCUUGAAAGCAUCUUUACUGAGACACAUGGAGCAGCAUGCAAAAUUUAAGCCUUUUCGUUGUGCGCGUUGCCACUACUCCUGUAACAGCACCGGUGCCCUGAAGCGACACUACAACAUGAAACACCCGCAUCAGACUUAUGAGAACGCUGGACCCGGACUGCCCAACAGUGACAUCCUGAAAGAGCAAGGUGGUAUGAAAUGUCCUGAGUGUGAGUUUGUCUAUGGGACAAAGUGGGAGCUGAACCGUCACCUGAAGAGCAAACACAAUCUUAAAGUAGUUGAAGGCCCUUUGGAGGUGGAGACUCAGUACGUAUCAGUGGAAGGAGAAGAGCACCUGACAGAAGCACCUGUAGCAGUACUGGAACAAAAUGUUAACAUCCAUCAAGUUGCUGAAUUCAGCUCAGAGACUCAGGACGCAGUCACAUCCAUGGUUGCCAUGGGUCCAGGCACUGUCACUGUCGUACAACAGUUGCAGGUGGCUGGAGAGCAGGAGGUCACCGAAUGCAGCGACCAGCUGAUGGUGGUCAACGCAGACGGGGUUCCGGAGGGUAACCAGGUUAUGGUGGUGGAGGACGCUCACGGCCUUGAGGCUCUGACGGUCUUAACUCAGGGAGAAAAUACACAUCACUAUAUUGUUUAUGUCCAAGAGCAAACUGUAGAGAUUAACUAGAAAUUAUGAAAAUUUCAGCAACAUGCAGAGAUGAGUGUUAAGAUCCUGACUGACAACAAAGGUUAUCUUGUAAAUGUACUUUUCUUUCUAUUUGUUGCCAUGAAUAUAAAACAUGAUUGUGUGUUUUUUUAUUAAAUUCUUUUUCAGUUUUUGAAUAUUUUUGUUGAAAUAUACUGAAAUAAAGUAUGUGGUUUUUCACUGCUUA